GCUAUAACAUCCGCCUUCCGUGGUGUUUCAAGGCUUUCAAAUUUUCAAACUUCCUUCUGUUUUUUGCCACAGUGUAAAGAGCAGUAAUGGCAGUGCAGAGUUUCUUCCUUCUGGUGAUUUUUCUCAGUAAAUGUCUUGGACAUACUGAAUUCAUUUAUACAACAAAGAAUGAAGUAAAAUUGUUCUGCGACACCAGCAAAUGGCAAAUAAGCACAGAGUCUGACAACAGAAUUGAUGUGAAUUGCACAGUGAAGUGUGUUCCUGGUGAACAGCUCAAACUUAACAAUAUCCAGAAAUUCUGUACAAAUGAAGAUUUAGAUAAAGUUGAGGAAAAAUGUCCACUAAUAGCAACCGGUGGAUAUUUUCGAUGUGUCACUGCUCUGGAUUCUGGUUUCUUGUAUCCAUUCGCACCGUCUCCAAACACUGUCACCUCAUACAUAGUCGCUACUGCAAAUGAACUCAUAACAAACAAGGCUGUGGAAAGAUCUUCAGUCGUGCUCACUGAAGGUGAAGAUGUACAUUUAAACUGCAGUUUCAACCGUACAGAAGGAUAUGACAACACAGAUUUUUCUGUGUACUGGAUCAAGACCAUUGAAAAGAAAAGUAUCUGUGUUUAUUCUUAUGAAUUUGAAAACGCUUAUGGUAUAAAGUAUAAUUUAAAAUGCAAUGUGCAAGAAGAUCUGCUUCAAAGGUUCUCAAACCAAACUGAUGGCAGAAACAUCCAUAACAUCAGGAUCAGUAACGUAACAGAAUCAGAUGCUGGACUUUAUCUUUGUGCUUUACGAGUGAACACAAAUAAUAAAGCCAAAGUUUACUGGAAGAUCAUAAAUAAUGUUACAGUCAGUGUACAUAAAGGAUCUGAGGACAAAGGAAACAAUUUUAAAACCAUCACUUUAUGCACCACAAUUCCCAUACUACUGGCUCUUGCUAUAGCUAUUGUGGUGUUUAUCUGGAAAAGGUCUAAACCCCCCCCAGGAUCUCAGGCGAUUGAACUACAAAGAGACCAACAAGGGGGUGAUAUGGAAGAAACGGCUGAUGUGGAAUGUUCUCCGUAUGCUGUAGGGAGGGGAGAAGAGGUGAUUAAGUUCAAAUGCAAGCAGGAUGCUUUAAAGCAGAAAGACCUAGAAGUAUCCACAGUCUAUUCAGUUGUGAAGCAGAAUGACUUGUAUGAACCCGGGCUUGUAUGAAGGAGAUGUCACUCUUGCCUGUCUUCAAAACUUGAGAGCCCUGCUGAUAUAUACUGUAUCUUUCAUAUUUUAUGAUUAAGAUUUGUUUAGUGAUGUACUGUAUGGAUUUCAGGAUUGUCCACUUCCAAAGUUGUGCUGUAUUUUCUCUCAAUAUUAUUCUUGAAGUAAGAAAGUUUCAAGAGUUUGAUUCAUGUCUCUCUGUAAUGAAGAUAUUUAUGUUUAUGAAUAAUAAAUGUAGAAUUUGUUUCCUGUAUGUUGCAUAAUGUUAAUGUCUAUACAAAUGUAAAAUAAAUAUCUCGCUACAA